UACAGCGUAUGUAAUACAGUGAGGUGCCCACAAAGGCACAUGAUUUUAGGGGCUGCCUUAUUCAAUGGGGUAGGAAUUGUGGCCUUGGGGGUCUGGCGUUUCUUGGUAGACUUGGCUCUCUAGAAGGCCAUUACCCAAAGUGCCUUUCAGUUUUACCCUCCAAUUUAAAGGACCCGUGCACCUAAAUAACGUAACAGAUCCUUCCCCCUCACCUUUCUUCCUCCAAGUUCUCGCUCCCUUUAUCUUCCCCAUAACUGAUCUUCUUCUCUCACACGCACAAGCAAAAGCUCUAUUAAACUCCUCGUUUCCCACCAAACCCCAAAAUGUUAAUCGAAACGUCUCAUCAGAUUAAGCUUCCUUUGAUUGUUAGCUUGUCCUUAAUUGUGAUUAUUUCCGUUGUUUUUACGGCUCCUCUGCCAGUCGCCACUGCCGAAACUAGGAAACUCGAUGAAACCGCCGCCCCUGCCACCCCAAGCGGUGGCGAGAAGUGCACACCAUGCGGUAACAGCUCUCCCCCACCCAGUCCUCCGUAUUAUCCGUCGCCGCCACCUCCUCCGCCCUAUUAUCCACCGCCCCCGCCUCCAUACGAAUAUUCAUCGCCGCCGCCUCCGAAGAAAAAUCCACCAUCGCAGUAUUGUCCUCCGCCUCCCGCAUCGAUCAUGUACAUCACCGGACCUCCGGGGAACCUAUAUCCCGUCGACGAAAAUUUCAACCGCGCAAGCCGCCAGAGUUUCGCCGCGGCCUUGCCUCUUUUAGCCGGCCUGUUGACCGUGCUGGCCUUACGGUGAUCGACUGAUCAAGGAUCAUUCGCUUGUGGAAGGUAAAAGGAUUCCAGGAAAAAAAUAGAGAAGUAAUUUUUAGUUGGAAAUAGAAUAAUUUUGUGUCAGAUUUUAGUUUUGCGUCACGUAUCACUCUGUUUCGUCCCCUUGUGAUCCCAAUCAUGUUGAAUAAAAAUUUCACAGUUAGAUCAGCAGCUUUUCUGUAAAAAAGGAAGCUUCAAUCCCAUUCUCCUAAAUGAAUUCUCUUUU